UUCUAUGGACAUGUGUGUGUGAUGGGGCAGCACGUUUUGAGGAUUCAUCAAUACAUUUUUUUUGUAACCAAAAGGGGUGGGUGCAUUGUGUGGACUGUCAAAUAAGAAAUAAAGCUCUUUUUUUCCAAAACAAAGUGGCUCCAAAACUGUUGCAAACAACUUCCCCAAAGUACUGUUAGGAGAUUGUACUGAGGGCAAGGAGCAGUGUAAGAAUAAAGUCCUGUCCCAAGUAUCCUGGGACAACACUCAUUACUGGAUGGGAAUGUGGAGAAAGAACCUGCAGUGUAAGGGACACAACUCCAGGUAAAUCUCUACCUUGUCUACAGCCCUGUGCUGCAAAGAGCUGGGGGAGAACAUCCCAGGGGGCAGAGGUGCCUUCAGCUACAGACAAAGAGGAUAAAGAGAAUGGACAAUAAGGCCAUGUACCUGCAUUCCUUUGAUGAGAAAGAAAAUGGCUCAGCCUUUGAGGAACCCUAUGAUGGGAGGAAUCUUUCCAAGAUGAACCUGUGUGAUGGCUGUCCAACAGCAAAGAGAAGAUCCUCAAGAAGAUGUGGUCAGCUGGGUUCUAUUGCAGCUCUGAAGUAUGCGGUGGUGGGACUCUACCUAUUAGUCUUUCUUAUUCUGGUCGGUGUAUUUAUUCUUGCAGUUUCAAGACCCCAGAGUUCUCCUGAGGAUGUAAAAGUUCUAACCAGCAACGUGAAUCGUUUAAAUGAAAGCUACCGAGACCUCCAGUUCAAGCUGAUGCAGCUCUCCUUCAAGGGAGACUUCAUGGAACAUGUUUGGAAGCUGCAGGAUCUGUUCCAGAACCAUUCCGACUCACUUCUCCAACUCACUGAAUCUCUCCAUAAAUUAGAAGAGAAUCUUCAAAGCCUUCAAGACAUGGCCACCAAAACUGAUACAAUUACCACAAACCUCGGUGCCAAUCUCAACCAUUUAAGUGACUCUCACCAGUCAGAGGUUUAUCGUCUCUCAACAGAUUUUAACAGCAGUAGGUACAUGUGGAACCAUCAUGACACUUUAUUGAAGGAGAUGUCUUCAAAAGCUGAGGGACUUAAUUACCAAAUAAGUGAAAUAUUGGGGACGCUAAAUGCAGUCAAUGCAACUUUUACCUAUGAUAUAGGAAUUCAUCAUACAAGGAUUCAAGAUCUUCAGGGUCUCAUAAACAAUGUGUCAGAGGAAACGAGGCACAUGAGGCUUCUACAUAUUGUUAUGGAGCAACAGUUAAAGCACGAGAUGGCUCUACUGAACAAUGUGACAGAAGAUCUGAGGCUUAAAGACUGGGAACAGUCAAUCACCUUAAAAAAUAUUACUGUCAUAAGAGGUCCCCCUGGGCCCAAGGGAGAUCAAGGCCAUGAAGGAAUGGAAGGUGUACCUGGAGUACCGGGCCUACCUGGAUUACAAGGCCAUCCAGGAGCACCUGGUCCAGUGGGAUUACCUGGGCUCAAAGGAGAUCAAGGAGACAUUGGCGCACCUGGAAUUAUGGGAUUACGUGGAUUCAAAGGGGACCGAGGGCCAAAAGGUGAAAAAGGCGACAGAGGAGACAUAGGAGAGACAGGUGCGGUAGAGGAGAGCGUUAUCCGGCUAGUGAAUGGCUCUGGUCCUCACGAAGGCCGCGUGGAAGUGUUUUAUGACAAGCGUUGGGGGACGGUGUGUGACGAUGGAUGGGACAAGAAAGAUGGAGAUGUAGUUUGUCGAAUGCUUGGUUUCAAAGGAGCAGAAGAAGUGUACAGGACUGCCAGGUUUGGCCAAGGUGUCGGACGUAUCUGGAUGGAUGAUGUUGCUUGCAAAGGGACUGAGGAGAGUAUCCUACAGUGCAGCUUCUCAAACUGGGGAAAGACCAACUGUGGGCAUGCCGAGGAUGCUGGAGUCACAUGUAUUAAACAAUAAUAAGGAAGCACACUACAGAAGGACAGUGUUUCUGGAGCCUUCAACCAACUUGGUCCAAACAUGGUACAAUUAUAAAGACAGGAAAAUAACUCUUACCUAAGUUGGCCAAAAUAAAAGACAUACAUGUAUAUUACAUUCAAUAGGGUCAGAGGAACUUGGCUUGCUUGUUGCCUUCAUAACCAUGAAGAGGAUGGACUUUGUUUGGCUUGUUCCAGGGAUUUAUCCAGAAACCAAUGAGAUGCUCAGAGUGAUUUUUUUUAUAUUUACAGGCAUGCAUUUACAAUUCAUGGCAAAUAACACAAAGGAUCAGAACAUAAGCAGGACUACACUAAGGGGUCCCCUGGAUCCAAAUAAGCAUUGUUUUGACGUCUUCUCACAUUUUACUUACAUUAAAGUGCUUCAAAUGAA